GUUAGGAGAGAACUUCAAGCAUGACAUUGACAAAAAUAUCAAGAAACUCUGAAACCAUUCACUAGUCCUAAUCAACUUUCAUGACAUAAAAGUGGACAAAAGUGAUAACCACCAUGCCAGGGCUAAUCAAUCGCCACACGAGGGCUCCCUUGACCCUUCAGGCAGCCCGCGUGUCAGCAUGCGUCAACGGUCUCUCCGUUGGCAUAGCAGCAUCGCUCACUUACUACAACCAGGAAGAUCAUGUGGUAGAAGGUGUCUUCUGCUUCAAGAUGAACGAGAACACGACGGUGGCUGCGUUCGAGGCACGGAUGCUGCAAGGUCGGACCAUCACCGUACACCUCAAAGACCGCACCCAGGUAGAGCACUUCAACGAGAUCCUCACAGGCCGCAUCACCAUGACAGCCAACCAACCCAACGUCCUACCCCCUGGAAAGUUUGCACUCUCUGAGUUCCACAAUGCCCGUGUCUUCUGCUCAAACCUUGGGACAAUCAGACCCCAUGGAACCGUAACAAUCCUUCUCAGUAUAUCCUCGCUCAUGAAUACAGGGACGUUAGGUGAGGCCAAGCUUCAUAUUCCUAGUGUCUUCACACCUCGUUAUAAGAAAGCCCAGGUCAAAGAGAACGAACCACAACCCCAGCAGCCUCAGAGUCAACCUCAGGCGUCACAGACAACAUCAUCAUCCUCAAACAAUACCACUACAGAACAUUUGCACAGGUCACUACUGGAUAUAGCAGAUGAAGUGGGAGAAAAUCCACAAGAAUAUGAGUUUGAAUUCCAGCUCGAGAUCCGUGCACCAUCGUUGCUUUCUGGGGUCUCAAGCUCCUCACAUGCUGUUCGUGUAGAUGCAGAACCCUUUGCAGCAAAUGCUUCCAAUGUUUUUGUGACUUUAGCUGAACCUCACCAGAUGGAUCGCGAUCUCGCCAUCACAAUCCACUACCCCAAGCCGCACGUGCCGGUCGUCAUCCUGGAACACGGUGACAUCAGCCCCACCGCUUACGAACAAUUCGUCAAGACUGAAAAUGAGUACAAGAAUCCUGGUGAGGUGGGUGAGGACGAGGACAAAACAAGGGCGUUCUUGCAGAAGCGUUUGCUCAAGGAUGUCAUGCACAACCCCGUCCUGAUGCUGAACUACUGCCCGGACUUUGAAAAGCUCACGCAACAGAUGCUGACCUAUCGCUUUGAUGUUCCUGGAGAGUACGUCCUCCUUAUUGAUCGCAGUGGUAGCAUGAGCGGGGAGUACACCGCCAAUGCGCGAGAAACACUCAUGAUGGUGCUUAAGAGCUUGCCUAUGAACUGUCGAUUCAACAUCAUCGGCUUCGGCUCGGCCUACAAGCCACUCUUUGAGUCGAGCCGGCCGUACACCCAGGACAAUGUUAGUGAGGCAAGUGCCUAUCUGAGGUGUAUGAGAGCUGAUCUAGGUGCCAUGGCUAAUCUCCUGGUGCCCCUGCAGUGGGUCUACAGACAUCCUGUAGUCAGGGGGUGUCCCAGACAGAUCUUCAUCCUCACAGACGGUGGUGCGAACAAUACAGCUGAGAUCUUGGACAUGGUACGCAGCAAUGUCCCACAUACAAGGUAA